AUGUCUGACCAACCCCUAUCCACAGCUGUGGGCUUCGACCAUGUUUGUUUCGACAGAGAUGACUCUUCACAAACAAAUCAAGUAUCACCUCAACAAUUCGCAAAUGAGAUCCCACAGGAAGAGCAACAAAUAACCAAUAAAAUGCAACCUUACCGCUCCUUCAAUGUAUUCAAAGAUGUAGCACUAGGCACCAACGCCUUCAGCUUCUGCCUCCAAAUCCACCCAUCAGGAGGCAACGCCCAAUCCCCAAGUCCAGUAUAUCACACCCUCCGCAUUCCCUGGUACAAACAACGUCUAUACUUACCGGCCCCAUUUGAUAUCUACGCCGGUGGCACGGUAGUCCGCAGCCGGAACGACCCAUCUCCAGAACCGCAAGACCACCGCGCGCGUAUUCGUUAUCGCGGUAUUGAAGGUCUAAUGGGGUUACAUGUUACUGCUGAUUUAUUUCACCUGGUAGAGUCUACAGCUCUGAGGGAUGAUCUCCCAGGGUCUGUGGCUGUUUCUUCUGAUUUGGUGGAAUAUUGCUCGGUUGAUGUUGUUCGGAAGGGGAUUGGGAGGACGUAUCGUGUUGAGAUUGUAAAUGAGGGUAUUGUUAAGACGUAUUAUUGGAAGGGGUCAAAGGCUGCAUUGUCUUUGUUUGAUGCGCGAGAUGGUGAGGUGAAUGCUAGUGAUGGGAAUGGGAACUUGAAGUUCUUUGCCGCUGAUCGGCCUGAUGAUGUUCUUGCUGUUUGGCAGAAUCGGACAGAUAAACGGAUUUUGGGGUCUUUGGGGGUGAUUGCUGAGUUGGAUGCUGAUUCGGAUGGACUUCUUGAAGGGUUGAUUGUUAGUUGUCUUGCUGUGGUUGUUGCAGAGAGGAUUUCUGGGCGUGGAUGGCUUGGUGGAUUGGGAAAAUCUAGGGGCUCUUGA